AUGUCACCAAAUUCGCCCUCAAGUACAAACUCGUCAAAUCUUUGGCGAUCUUUCGUCCAAGGGACGGCAGACGUCAAGACUCACCACACAGUAGCGACAAAUGAACCCAAAGACAUCCUUCUCUCCGCCAACUACAUCGAGGAAGUAGACAAACUCCAGGUUUCUCGCGAGACUCUCGUACCCGAUAAAGGCCAGAAAUCCACCCCCAAGCGCAUCAUCAUCUGCUGCGACGGCACAUGGCAAUCGUCCGUCAGCGGCCAACAGAAUAUCCCGUCCAAUGUGACCCGCCUAGCCCGCUCCGUCGCGCUUACGGGAUCGAUCAAACAGGAUGGAAAAGAGGAUGGUAUCUGCCAGCAGGUCGUCUUCUACAGCGCCGGCGUCGGUACGGGCGGCGGCGUGAAUAUUCUCGAGAGAGGCAGGCAGGCUACCUUUGGCGACGGUCUUGUGGCCAGCGUUAUCGAGGCAUACAACUUCAUUGUCAUGAACUAUGCACCGCACGACCAAAUCUUUUUCUUUGGGUUCUCCCGAGGGGCGUACACGGCUCGCUCGGUUGCGGGUCUCAUCACCGACAUUGGAAUCAUCCAGCCCCAGGAGAUGGACGAUUUCCACAUUUUAUACGAUCUCUACCGCAGACACGGCCAUAAUGAUAGCUUCAACUUCCGUCAAUCGAAGGAAUAUCGUGAGUGGAUCACCGGUGUUCGCGCAAAGAGGCUCGAAGAUUGGCAGGGUCACGAGCAAGAAGACCACCACUGGGACCAAAAACCGCAUAAUCUUCCUCCAGAGUUUACGAGAGCCAUUGAGGUUGUCGGGGUAUUUGAUACAGUUGGUAGUUUGGGCAUUCCCGGCUUGACCUGGACGCAGGAUAUCAAGCAUGCUUACCAUGCACUAGCCCUCGACGAGCAUCGGCCGCCAUUCACGCCCACCUUAUGGCGUCUCCCGCUCAAGAAGGAGCAAUGCCCUAACUGCCACGGACAGCCAAAAGACCAGCUUGCCAAGAAGUUCAGGUCCCUUUUGAAAGCGAACUCGAAGGCCACAGAAGAGGAGCUCUCCGAAGCAUGGAAGGCCUUGAUCGAGCGUGAGAUGGCGGACCAGCUGAAUGGCGAUCAACCUGAGCUGCGGCAGGUUUGGUUCCCUGGCGGCCACAUCAAUAUCGGAGGCGGCAAUCCAGGACUUCUCUACGGGUUCCCCUUUGAUUUCGAGCAAAUUGCUCUUAUCUCCUUUACGUGGAUGUGCGACCAGAUCAAGAGCUUCAUCCAGCUUGACGACGAGCACGGAUACAGGAAUGGGAAGUAUACAAUGUCAACACUCGCCGACCGGGAAAUUUCAUCCCGAAACCGGCUCAUCCACAGCUCGCGCCAUCAGCAACCAUUCGGUGUGAGCUGGGUGGUGCAGCGCGUGCGCCAAGGCCUGGACUACAGCAAGAUUUACGAGAUGUUUCUCAAGGCCCCUUCGUACGACCCGGCAGACGCCUGGGCUACCGGGCCAAUCGUCGACAUUUUCGCGCCCAUCAUGAGAGCUGUUCCGUUCUUGUCGAAGUUUAGAACUCCUGGGGAGUAUAAGAAAGAUGAUGUGGGCAAUGAUCUCGGCCAGACAAACGAAGAGAUUCACCCGUCUGUCAACUACCGCGUGGCGAAUCAUGCCACAUACAACCCCAGAUCCCUGGAGGGGUUCAUCAGGUCGAAGAAGGUAGCGAGCAAAGGGAAGAAGCAUGAAUUCUUGUAUGAGUGGAAGAAGGGUGAAGUGGUCGUGCCGGAGUAUGUGAUCAAGCCGGCUGACCUGAUUGCCCGCCGCCUGGCCGAGUUUUCGACUGGGGGCAAUAAGUUUGUUGACGCUCUCGUGAAAAGGGCCGAGGUUAUGCUGCAACAUAGUUGA